AAGCCAAUAUUCAAUGACGAGUUCUACCCAAACUUUGUAUCAAAUUCGUUUCUUCUUGAUACACUUCUCCUUUCUUUGAGAGAAAUAAUUGUCGCUGAUUACACAUAAUGUUUUGGUUGAUUUGCUACUAGGUUUUAUUCCUUGUUCCUCAAAUUCCUCUUCUCAAGAUGGGUUUUGCCCAAUAUUCCUGCAUAAAGACCUACAUUAUAAAUUGUUUGGAUACCAAUCUCACUAUUUCCACCAAGAAUCACACAUUUGCAACCCUUUGGUACCAAUUAUUCUGUGUUUCUUUUAGGACUUUCCUCAAACACCUUGGCUGCACUUGAAUUUCUUGGUUUUGGUCCUUAAAACUUCCCUCUUGAGCCAUGGGCUGUGUCAACAGUAAGUACUGUAGCUGGAAUCCAUGGUCACUGAACGACGAUUCCCAACAGUACCCAAAAGUGGAUCCAUGCAGUUUUCAAGGCAAACACAUACUCACCAAGAGAUCCCUGGAGUCUGUACCUGUUCCUUCACACAAUUUCCAUUUGGAGUACUCGGUUCUCACGCAGCGUGGUUACUACCCGGACUCGCCGGAUAAAGAAAACCAAGACAGUUUCUGCAUUAGGACGCAGAUUCAAGGUAACCCAAGUAUCCAUUUCUUUGGUGUAUUUGAUGGGCAUGGUGAAUUUGGCACAGAGUGUUCGAAUUUCGUUAAGGAUAGGUUGGUAGAUAUACUAGCAAAUGACCCUGCACUGUUGGAUGACCCUGUUAAGGCUUUUAACUCUGCGUUUUUGGCGACAAAUGAUGAGUUACGUAAUAGCGAGGUUGAUGAUUCAGGUAGUGGUACUACGGCCAUUACAGUACUCAUUGUUGGGGAUACCCUUUUCGUGGCGAAUGUGGGUGAUUCCAGGGCAGUGAUUGCAGUGAAGGAAGGGAAUCAAAUUGUUGCUGAGGACUUAUCGUAUGAUCAAACGCCAUUUAGGAGAGAUGAGUGUGAGAGAGUGAAGCUUUGUGGGGCGAGGGUUUUGAGCGUUGAUCAAGUAGAAGGGCUUAAGGAUCCAAAUAUUCAGACGUGGGGCAAUGAAGAGUCUCAAGGCGGCGAUCCUCCGAGGUUGUGGGUUCAGGAUGGGAUGUAUCCAGGAACUGCGUUUACGAGGAGCGUGGGAGAUGAUGAUGCUGCGCAGAUCGGCGUAAUUGCUGAUCCGGAGGUGUCAAUUCUUCAACUUACGCCUCAUCAUCUUUUCUUUGCUAUCGCAAGCGAUGGGGUCUUCGAUUCCCUCUCAAGCCAAGAUGUUGUUGAUAUGGUAUGA